AUGGAUGAGUCAAACAUAACGUUUCAUCCCAGCGAAGGCACAGAGAACAUCUCAAUGCACAGAAACAUUUCUACACAGGAAAGGGUCUGGGAGAUAUUGACCCCACUUUGGGUAAUUAUGAUCAUCUCCUUCCUGGGUUUUUGUGAAAAUGGAAUUGUCCUCUGGUGCCUCUGCUUCCAGAUCAAAAGAAAUCCAUUCACUGCGUACAUCACACACCUGUCCAUUGCUGACAUCUCCUUACUGUUUUGUACAUUUAUUCUGUCAAUUGACUACAUUGCUGGUUUUGGAUUCGCCUAUGGUUUUUACUAUUAUAUAACCACCACACUAUCUAUUGUCUUCCUUCUUGGAUAUAAUACUGGUCUCUAUCUCCUGACAGCCAUCAGUAUUGAGAGGUGUCUGUCUAUUGUUUACCCCAUCUGGUACCGAUGCCACCGGUCACAGCACCAAUCGGCAAUUGUGUGUGCAAUUCUGUGGACUCUGUCUUUUCUGAUGACAGUAGCCGAAUACUUAACAUGCAAAGAUGAUUCAAUGAAGGAACAAUUCGACGAUGGCAACCAUUGCCAAGCACUGCUCAUCUUCACAUGGAUCCUGACUUUCAUGAUCUUCAUUCCUCUAAUGAUUCUGUCCAGCCUGAUCUUGGUUAUCAGGAUUCAUCGUAACUCCCUGAGACCUCAUUCGUCAAAGCUCUACAUCAUCAUUGUGGCCACAGUCAUUGUCUUCCUCAUCUUUGCCAUGCCUAUGAGGCUGUUGUAUCUUCUGAAUUACCACCACUGGUCAUCUUUGCUCAGCCAGCAGAACCAUGUCACCGUUGUUCUCUCCACCGUUAACAGUAGCAUCAACCCCCUUGUUUACUUCUUCGUAGGAAGCAGCAAGAAGAAGAGGUUCAAGGAGAGCCUCAAAGUGGUUCUUAGUAGAGCACUCGCUGAUGGGUUGCGGCCGAGAAGCCAGGAAGUUGGCAUGAGUUUGGAUAUAGCUGAAACAAUUUUCUAA